UUUUUGUCCCCACACAACUAAGCAACCUCAUUCAUGGCUGCCCCAGUUCUCUUCACUCUCCCACUACUAUACUUCCCUCUUUCUUCACAUUAAUUAACUAACAACCAUCAUCAUUUCUCACCUUAAAGACUUUCACAAUUUUUAUUCUCUUUCUACUUCUACUUCUACUUCCUUUGGGGGUUUUCUUGAAUCUACUGACUCAUUACACAUUUGGGUCUAUUUCGGUUUUUGGUUCAAAAACUGGCAAGGAUGAGAGGUGGGGUUUCUCAAAGUUUCAAGCUUUACCUUCUCCAUGUGUUUCUACUGCUGCUUUACCUCCAGGACACCAGUUGCAGUUCAGUGAAUUCUCUCAAGGGUUCUUUAAACAUGGACAGAAAGGAGGACACUUUGUUGCCUGAGAUCUCCCCAACUGCUUCUCCUCAGCCCUUUCUCCCUCUUCUGGCACCUUCUCCGUGGGCACCUUUUACAAACAGCACUUUACCAAAAUUAUCGGGACUCUGUACGCUGAAAUUUGAUGCUGUGGAAAGAAUGAUGGGUGUGACAUCAAUUGAUUGUGUUGCUCCAUUUGCGCAGUAUCUGGCUAAUGUCAUGUGUUGCCCACAACUGGAAGCAACUCUUGUUAUUCUUAUUGGGCAGUCUAGUAAAUUCACAAAUAUGCUUGCUUUAAAUGGCACACUUGCAAAGCAUUGCCUUUCAGAUUUUCAGCAAAUUCUGGUGAGCCAGGGUGCCAAUGAUACUUUACAGCACAUAUGCUCUCUCCAUCCAUCAAAUCUGACAGAAGGUUCUUGCCCAGUCAAAGAUGUUCAUGAGUUUGAAACCACAGUGGACUCAUCUAGCCUACUUGCUGCCUGUGGGAAGAUUGACCUUGUGAAUGAAUGUUGUGAGCAAACUUGCCAAAAUGCUAUAUCAGAAGCUGCUAAAAAACUUGCACUAAAAGCAUAUGAUCUUCUGAGCACAGAAGGUGCUGAGGUGCUGACUGACCACUCAACUAGGGUUAAUGAUUGCAGAAGUAUUGUACACCGUUGGCUGGCAAGUAAACUUGACCCUAAUGGUGCAAAAGAGGUUCUUAGAGGACUAUCUAAUUGCAAAAAUAAUAAAGUGUGCCCUCUGGUAUUCCCAAAUACGAGCCAUGUUACAAAAGCUUGUGGAGAUGGGAUGAAUAACCAAACAGCAUGCUGUAGUACCAUUGAGAGCUAUGUCUCUCACUUACAAAGGCAGAGUUUUGUAACCAACUUGCAAGCUUUGGAUUGUGCUGCUUCACUUGGACUCAAGUUACAGAAAGCCAAUGUUAGCAAAAAUAUAUACAAACUUUGUCACAUUAGCCUCAAGGACUUUUCUGUGCAAGUCGCACCCGAAGUUUCUGGGUGUCUUUUGCCUAGUCUACCAUCAGAUGCUGUACUUGACCAAAGUUCGGGGAUCAGCUUCGUCUGUGAUUUAAACGAUAACAUUCCAGCCCCUUGGCCAUCUCUCUCUCACUUACCAGUUUCGUCAUGCAAUAAAACUAUGAAAAUUCCUGCGCUUCCUGCGGCAGCAUCUGGCCAGAUCAGUCUGAACAGCUUAAGCAUCGGGUCUCAUCUGCGUCUCUUGGCCUUGACAGCUCUUGGAAGCCUCUUUUAUACUUAAUGCUGCCAUUCCUGCUCAAUUAACUUUUAUUGCGAGCAAAUCUCAUGAAAUCGAUGAUACAAGUAACGAUUAUCUUUAAGUUAAUAGUGCUGAAGGUUCUGAUUUUCCUCAAGUCUAAUGUGUACAAAAGCAGCUGGAAAAUCAUGAUCCGGAGUAAGAAUCCCACUCGGAGAAGAUUCCAAGUUUGAGUUUUCCGACCCUAUUUGUUCCUCAUUCUUGCGUAAUGAGGAAAUUUUGUAAAAGUAAUUCAGGAGGAGGUUGAAUUCCAUGUAAUUAUUUAUUUCCACUUAGAAAAAACCUGUCUUGUAUUGUAUAUGUCUGAAAUUCAGAGUCCUGAGAAAUUAUUGUGUCAGUAACUAAUGCAUUAGGUAGGUCUGUAUGGGUUGGGAUGUUUUUGUUUGUCAUUUUUCUUUUGUUUUCUUUAUGCAUCAGAACUAAUACAAUAUCACAAUUGUACUA